GGGUGGGAUAACCGUGAGUCGAACUCCGGGCACCUCGCUCUACUUGGCAGCAUUUCCUAUGCUUGUUGACGCGCCGGCGUGUCCACGGCUGACCUGCUGGUGUCGCAUGCGCCACAUGAGCGAGACGCCGAUGGCUCGCGUGCCUAAUUUCGGGGCCGGAUAUUUAUCGGCUCUAGACGGAAGAAAACGACGAGAAGUGGUUCAAAAGAUGUUGGCGACGCUGACAUUGCGACUGCUGCUUUGCCGUUUUCGCGUUCCAUCUCAAAGCGGUCCAAGGGACGAUACGAAACAUGGGACGCACGCGAGAAAUUGACGUUUGUGUUGUGGCCGUCGGACCGAAUAUACGCGAGAAGCACACCCGUCCUCGAAGCAUCUAAUAACGGUGCCGGUCACGGCCUCUCUCAGCCGAUUCGCUCACCGCACUGCCGUCCCCGUCUCGUAUCGAUCAUCUCCAGCGGGCUCUGUGCGCAUUGUGAUCGCGGUCGAAAGAUGACAUGCAAGGCAACGACUCGCCGACUAUCACCUCUAAACUCUACCAGGGCAUCUUGGCCGUGAAGAGGGUGUUCGAUGUCCUCAAGUUCAAUGAGCCAGAUGAAGCCUACAUCACCGAGGAUAUGCGCGACAAGGCGUACAACAUCUGCCGCGAGUUCCUGAGCGGCACGUGGAAAAGCAUCUCGAGCCGGGACAUGGUCUUCAAGUCCGUGAGUGGUGGCCUGAGCAACCUCCUGUACUACUGCUCUCUGCCUGAGACGCACACGCCCUUGUACGGCGAGCCUAGCCAGGUGCUGAUGCGCAUGUACGGCCAGAUUCCCAGCGAGGGCAGUGACACCACUGUCACUGAAAGCGUCAUCUGUACUCUGCUGUCAGAGCGAAACCUGGGGCCCAAGCUCUACGGGGUUUUCCCGGGAGGACGCCUUGAGGAGUACAUUCCUGCACGGGCAUUGACGCUCCAGCAGUUGAAGGACCCGGAAAUAUCACUGCUUAUCGCAAAAAAGUUGGCAAGGGUCCAUGUACUGCAAGCCCCCUUGGUCAAGGAGCCCACCUGGCUUUUCAACAACAUGAACAGGUGGCUCAAGUAUGCACGCUCCAUCAAGGUGGACACUGUGCCCAUUAAGCAACAAACUAUGGCUGUAAAGCUGCUGACAACUGACCUUGCAGCUGAAGUCAACUGGCUGAAGGAUUUCCUAGCAAAGAUUGAGUCUCCGAUUGUGUUUUGCCACAAUGACCUUCAGGAAGGAAACAUUCUUUUCAUGGAUGCUCCGGGACCCAAGGAAGAGAACAUGGUGUUCAUUGAUUACGAGUACUGCGCCUACAACUAUAGGGGCUUUGACAUAGCAAACCACUUUUGCGAAUGGAUGUACGACUACUCUUAUCCUGAGCAUCCCUACUUCAAGGCCCUGCCUGGAGACUAUCCAUCUAUAGCGCAUCAGAGGCUAUUCAUUGGGCGAUACCUGGCGACAUAUACCAAGUGCCACGUGAUGACAACAGAGCCUAAGCAGCCACCAAAUCUUUUCACCGUGGAUUACGUGCUCCAUGAGGCGCGCGUCUUUGCGCUGGCCUCUCACCUCUUCUGGACCCUGUGGAGCAUCUUCAAUGCUCAUACGUCGAAGAUCAAGUUUGGCUAUUGGGAGUAUGGCCAGGCACGACUUGAUGCGUUCCUGGCGCUGAAGCACGAACUGCUCCAUGAAAGGGAUACGUCAGAAGCGGUACCUUCCACCAACCAUACAUCACAGAGGGUUGUCAAGAUGUAGGGCAACAACGAGCAGCUGUCCCCUGGACGCCUGCUUUAAAUCCUCUCCUCAUUGGUGCAUUCAAGGUGUGCGCAAUGACCGAGCAACGCCGAAGACUUUCAUUGCAUCCACCACCUUCACAGUGCAAAUCCGAACUCAAGUCUCUCAAGCUUCCUGAACAAGAGAAUGGCUGAUGUUUCAUGUCGUGGCGAGGCAUGUUUGACGAGUCUGAACUGCUCUAUCAUGUACUGUGCGUGCUUUGCUGGCAAGGCUUUCACCAGGUUCACAUGAAAGAGACUUGUCUCGAGUGUCUGGCCAUUUCACAUCUGUCCUUUCAUUUUGGUAUGGGUUUGUGUGCUUGUAUGAAUAGACCAAAGGGACCCGGUACCUUUCUUCCUUUUUUGUUGCAUUUGAAAUUGGUGAGAAAAGAGCUUCGCUACGGGCACUUCGCUCAUGUCCAUGUGCCACUGUGGAGACGUGUGGUGAUGAAACAUUUCACGAGUGUCAUCCUAUUUUUCGGGAAGUGAACUGAACAUGUUUCUUCCACGGACAGUGCUGCUGCCAUCCUGCAGGGAGAGUGCGACUUCAGCACCAGUUCUGGUGAACUGUGCUGUUUGAACACACUCGCUCCUGGCUGCAAACCGUUUGUACUCAGGGAGCAAGUGUCUUGCUGCCCCUUCUUGUGUCUUAGCUGGGCUCUCCCAGGGCCAUCAUUGCAUUUCACCGUCGUUCCUCAAGUGUGCUUGGAAAUGGCCUCAGAGAGGUGUUUGUGCGUGGAAAAGCACUCGGUGUGCCUUACUAGUAGUGCUGAAUAAAGCUGCUGUGAUUGGAGUGUGAAGGAGUCUGUAGGAAAGCUACUAAGGUGAAAGGUGCCACACUUCAACACAUUUUUCUUUUUCUUUUUUUGCCUCUGAAGGAGCUUAAAAAGGUGCCACUACACACACUGUACAUUGCAGUGCUAGCGGAAGCAUAAUGGGCAAAGGAGCAAAAACGCCUUUUACGUGCAUUAUGUGCUGUCUUUAUCUGACAAUACCUUGCAUGGUGCUCUCUGAUGAAAAUGAUACACCUUUUGGGGUGUAGGGGUGUGAAAAGCGAAAGGGUCAUGGCCCUAAGCUUUGGCCACAUAUGGGAUUUGCAACAUGGUUUAAAUUGUGAGGUGCAGUGUGUCUGCUUGUGACGGGACACCUUGCCACGCAUGAAAACAUUGUGGUUCUCAACAGCCUUAGGUCAUCGCAUGAAAAUGGGGUUUUAUAAAUACUGGACCCAAAGCUAGCAGGGGCCAUCUGCCCUGCGAACAAGAAAAGCCCAGGGUGCAAGCCAUUUGUGCCCGCUGUUUAUAUAACUCAAUGUGGCUAUAGCACAACACUAUGCUCCAUUGACUCUUUGUGCUGCUUGUAGUAUUUUUGCGCCUCAACAGUGGCCAUCAUUUUAGAGUAUGCGUUCCUUUUAACAUGCAGUGUGGGUUGGUUUUCUGUCUCUAAUUUUGUGUUUGCAUGCAAGUGUUACUGACAGGACUGGAACAAACGGCACUUGUAGGAAUUGCGACGGCUAUUGUUGUGGCGACAAAAGCGCAUUUCUGAGCGUGUACAUUUUUUUGUAUUUUGUGAGCCAGCUGUACAAGAUUGCCGCGCAAGUGUCUUCUACAUUGCACGGGGCUGCUGACUCAACAGAAUUGAGCAUAAUGUUUAAGCAAGAGGCAGUGAAUGUGGGAAGCACCAGAUCACUAAAAGAAACAAGAAUGGUGCUCUAGUCAUGGCAUUUUUCUUUUUGAGUUUUUUUUUUUUUCCUUCCCACCAAAGUUAAAAGGGGUGAUAAAGCAGAUUGGGCUUUGCUUUUUCCGAAUGGAGUGAUGGUUUUGUCCCAACUGUACUGACCACUGCCCACAUUCCACAGAUUGUCGACACUGAAACCAGAGCUUUAUAUACAGAGUGCAAGGAGCAUGCUCCCAAAGCCCCAUCGGAUCCACUUGGUGCAAACUGCCACCUUAUCAUUUGCACGACAGGAGUUGUGUUUAGGAGACCAAUAGGAAAGAGAACAUCUGGCCUGCUUUUAAGGGUGUUAUCGCAAAUGUUUUUGCUGCAGAAUGGUGAGGGGUGGCACAGGGCGUGUUAUUUAACACUAGAGUUGCUCACCAACUAUGAGCAAGGGAUUUUCGAACUAUUACAUCUGCUGUACUUGUUGUUCGAGUACUGAUUAGGUGUUCCGUUUCGUAUUGGACAACCCCAUAUUGUAUAAAAUUGCAUCUCAAUGACAGUUUACAAGAAAAAAAAAAAGAACAGUAUUUAGAUGGUUUGCAGUAGUGUCAAACUGCUUGUUUAAUGCGAGAGGUUUGAUAGUUGUGCUGUGUAUAGCUUGCUUUUAGUAGCACUGAGUGAUGCCACGUGCCCUUGCCUUUUUUUUUUUUUUCACAUUACGACAUAUCUUCACACUUGAAGAAAACUUACUGCCACUUUCAGUGUUAUUUUUCACGUGCAAUGCUUUAGUCCAGCAUGUUGCGCUGCUCUUUCAGAGUUGAAUGUUCCUGCAUGUUCUCAAUAUUUUGGCAACAUUUAAUUAGUGGGAGAUUUGAGGUUGCAAGAGCUUCAAAGAGUGGCAUCCUGCAAGAACCAUAUGUGUUGCAUGUUUUUAAACAUAGCUGUGCUAUUUUGUUUCCUCCUUUCCUGCUUACUCAAGUGCAAUGUUUUGUGUUGCGUUUAUGUACUGCAGCUGAUGUGUCAUUUACACGACUAAGAUCCUGUGCACCUGACAGGUGUGGAGUUAUUGAUUUAAGACAAAGCCCAUAAUAGUGCUGGGAAGGACCAGUUGCAGAUGGAUUUUCUUUUUCCCCUUCCCUCCUGGAAACUGGUUUCUGUUUGUGUCACACAUUUCUGAGUUUACUACUACUCAUGACCUAGUCUCCCAGACUGAACUAUUUUUUAGCUUUUCACACAAGCUCUCUUGAUGUACACUGUGAUGUGUCUGUAAAUAAAGGUGAUACUGUGAUUUACA